AUGUUAACGGUGAAUGAUGGGGGCGCGGCAUUUGCGCAUGUUGCCGCGAGGAGGAGCGCGACUAGGAAUCGCACUAAGUUGACAUUCAAAGUUUUCCAAUGGUCCCGGGUGCGAAAAGGAGCUGAACAGCGACGAAGUAUCUCCAUAGAAGGUGUAAAUAGGCUGCAGGAAUGCACCCCUGCCGACUUGACGCUCAUUUUCACAACCCUUGAUCUCUGGGAUUCGCCAAAGGCCCAUGAUCUGGCAGCUCUGUUCAAGCAUUUCGAUCUUCCAGAUGCUUUUGUCGCCGAAAGGCUGAACUCGGUCACCCAUUCGUUUGGCCACUUCGAGAUAGGACAGGGCGUCGAAUGCGACCUGUGUAAGAAUGUCGAAAUAGAAACCGGUUUGAUCGGGCGCACAAAGGCGCGCAAGAUCGAGACAAAACAUACGCUUGCGAAGGGAAGAGCCUUGCGACAAGCCGACUAUAGCUGGCAUCGGUCUGCCUACCUUUGCAAGCGCGAACCAAAGGAUAUGCCUGGAACCGAAGGUGAAGGAGAGGGUGCUGCUGCGCAGGACAGGAAACUGACGUUUCUAUGUUUUGGUGCACCGGACUUGCUUGAACAACGGUUCGAGCUACUGGACCGAGGCGAGAAAUGGAAGCAAGCUGUACAGGAGCCUUCUAUAUUGUUCCAGAUCGUCUUCGAUGAGUUGUACCAACAACUCGACGCAAUGGCAUGGAGGCUAUCCGGAGUCUUUGGCGACCUGGAACACAUUAUCUUGAGCCGAGCGGAGAAUCCGGGUACGGCCGCAGAAGAAGUCGACUUCUUGGAGAUGCAUACGGUCGCGAAGAGUGUUACAUAUCUGAAUGAGGGCGCCGAGGCCGUCGUCUCAAUCCUGGAGAGUAUGUUAGCUGGCUAUAUGAUAAGAGAGUUGCAGCCCCAGUCUUGCCUGAGGUUCGUGACGGUUCAAGGCCUGCGAUAUAGGAAAGGAUUAUUCCAAAGCACGCAAUUGCGCUUGAGGAGUUUGGAGAAGCGAAUGUCGAACAUCGUGAACCUGUCGUUUAAUCUGAUCGCUCAGCAUGACAACCGAAUCAUCCAGCGCGACAGCACCAGCAUGAAGACCAUCGCCGUCGUAACUCUCUUGUUCCUACCAACCACGACUAUCGCAACGAUCUUCGGGACUCAGUUCUUUGACUUCGGAGAUACGGUCGACGGAAGAGCGCGAUUCCGUGUCAGCCAUUGGAUAUGGCUCUUCGGGUUCCUGAGCGUGGUCACAACGAUGGUGGUUGUCCUGGUUUGGCUAUGGAGGGACGUGGCGGCGAAGAGGAGAUUCCACUACGAAGGACUGCCUCUGAAGCCAGAGAGGUCCUGGAAAAUAGCAGGUUUCAACGUGUAG